AUGGACAUCUGUGCCUCACGCAAAUUUAUCAUCGAGUCAAUAACCAGAGCAUAUAUCCCUCGCGAGGAGCUAUCUCAUAUCUAUCCAGGCUCGGGUGAGGCUCCCCGAAUAUGCGGUGCAUGGGUAGGGGUCUUAUCAACUCUCGCUGAGGGUUCUUCCACACGAUACGACAGUGUUCUGUCCCCAGCAGUCACGGCCUUGAGCUCCUGCAUUAUGCCUAAAGCGGAUGCACAGAGUGUAAAAGACUACUCGGAUGCUGUCGACGCUCUUAGGUCAAAUGCACAGGAACUUAAGGUUCUAGAUGCUGAAUUUGCUGCGGCAAUUAUGUGCCUGUUCCAAGCUGAGAUUAUGCUUCCCGACUCUCGGUUUGGUCUUGCCAUGCACAUGAAUGGCGUGGCUCAAUUAUUCCAAGCCAGCGGACCAAGCAUGUUUAAGUCGGGAGCUUUACAGAGCUUGUUUAUGGUCCAAAGUGUUCAAACUCGAAAAUCAACCUUCAUUGCAUCGAAAGAUUGGAUUGAUAUACCAUUUUCCGCCUCUCCGCCAUCGCUCAUGCAGCAGUUGAUAAAUGUGUCUCUCGUUCUACCAUCACUUCUUGAACGAGUUGAUCGGCUUUCCGACGUAUCAUCUGAAUUGCUGACUGCCGAAAUACUGGAUCUGGGGCAAUCCUUCUCGCACUUGCACUCACGGCUGGAGAAAUGGGAGGAAGCCCUGCAUGGGCAGUCGAUGUGGAGUCCACCCUCGGACUCAAAUUCCAGGUCAUCACCGCUAGGGGCUGAUAUUUGGUUCACAAGUAUCACCAUGGCCAACUUUUACAUGCACAUCUGGGCAUUUCAAAUUAUCUGUAUCCUUGAGCUCAGCAAUCUGGCAGACGUGCAUACUUUCAGGUCGUGGACGUUGCCUAAAGGCCCCACAACCAUACAAGCAGCUUCACUCAAGAUAUGUCUCAGCAUGAACUAUCUUUUACAGGAAGAAAUGAAGCUCUUUGGGCCAGCUUCAGCAAUGCUACCCUUGCAGACAGCCUAUAAAGUGUUCAGCGAGGAUAAGUGCAAGUAUAUGCGUGAGCUCCAUUAUCUUGAGGGGAUAGUGGACUGUCUUGUCAAGAAAGGAAUCCGAUCCACGCCUGACAUUGUUUACUCGUAG